UUCCUUGUAGGACGAGUCCCACAACUGCGCGGUUUCGCUUCAGCGACGGACACUGCGAGCGUUUCACAUGAAGCAAAAGUUUGAAGUCGGAAACAUUGUCAACAGGCGUUUUUUCGAGGUGGACAGCUUGGCGAGUUUUUGUGAAGAAGGCUUAUCUUUUGUUCUUUGUUUGUUUUUUGCUAUUUUAUAGUUCUCGUCUGCACCCAUGGAAAACUUAAAUUCCCCAACACUGUCUCUCCCUCGCCAGACGUCUUACAGGACCUACAGCGUCUGCUCGGACUCGUCGUCCCGUAACUUACCCUCCACCUCCUCAAUGUCAACCACACUUUCCUCGGGGCCGUACAAUUUAAAUGGAUCAUACGAAUCCGUUCGAUACCUGGUUCCCGUCCAGCAGCAGCAAAUGCAGCAGCAGCAGCAGCAGUUCAUGGUGAUGCCCCAGGCUAUGCCUCAAAUGCAGGUGAUGCCCCAGGCUAUGCCUCAAAUGCAGGUGAUGCCCCAGAUGAUGACCUCGCAGGUGAUGCCCCAGAUGAUGGCUACCCAGGUCAUGCCCCAGAUGAUGACCGCUCAAGUCAUGCCCCAAAUGAUGACCUCCCAGGUCAUGCCUCAGAUGAUGCAGCAGGUCUACAUGCAGCAGAACGUACCGCGGAUCAGUAUCAGCAGCCAGGAGAGCUCGGAAAUGGGAUACCAGCAGCACAGCAUGAGAGAGAGCAUGAAUGGGAGCAUCUCCUCCAUGAUAAGCAUGUCCAGCCCAGUGAAGAGCCCUGAGCCCUAUGUCUUUGAGGAGGAGGUCGAGUUGUUGGACGAUGUGGAAGCGAGGGUGGAGGUGGCUGAGGAAGAGUUUGAAGAGGUGGAGGAGGUGGUGGAGGAGGAGGUGGUGGAGGAGGAGGUGGAGCUGGAGGAGACGGAGAUCAUCAACGUGAUCCAGCCCCGGCUGGUGGAGAGGAUCGUGGAGCGCUAUGUGGAGCGGCCGGUGGAGCGGUACGUGGAGAGGCCGGUGGAGCAGGUCUCGGUCCGUUCCUCCAUGUCGGAGCACCGCAGCGAACGCAACGAUCACGUCGACCGCAGUGACUGGAGCAACCGCAGUGACCGCAGCGACCGCAGCGACCGGAGCCUGCGCAGUGAACGCAUUGAUCGAUCCGAGCGCUCCGAGCGGAGCGACUACCCCCAGGUCAUGAAGAUGGACACCCGGUUCUUUGGAGAGCUGCUGGCCGAGGUGUACCGGAAGAACUGCGACAUCCACUCAUGCAUCUCCGAGCACGUGGCCAAGAUCCGUGGGCGGAAACAUCAGCUCGACUCCACAAGUGACUACAAGAUGGAGAGAGAGGAGGUGGAGGCCCUCAUCCCUAAAGGAGCAUCUGAACUGACCAAACAACAGAUCCGCUACUUACUGCAGACGCGCCUGACGGCGGACAAGAGCAUGCGUCUCCUUCUGUCCACCUUCAGCAGCCUGCGGGAGGAGCUCCUCCACAUGUCCGACGACCUGCGGCGCCUGGAGAGUGACAAGGAGUCUUUAGAGAAGGAUCUGAGCUUCAAGGCAGACCAGGCACAGCAGUAUGAUCGCCUCCUAGAGGUCGUCCGGGAGAACAACAGACAACUACAGACGUCCCUGCAGGAGAGCCAGGGUUCUCAGCGCUCCAUGGAGAGCCAGAUGUUGAGCGCCAAGACGGAAGACUCUGGCCGGGACUUCAAGCUCAAGGAGGUGGAAGGCCGCCUGAGGGCCCUGGAGCAGGAGAACGACAUGCUCAGACAGAAGCUGGCAGGUCAGGGCAGCAGCAACAGUGCGUCCUUGCAGGUGAAGACAGAGGAGCUGUCUCGUCAGUACCAGGAGCAGCUGAGUGCCCUGAAGAUGGAGAAGGAGAAUGAGAUGAAGAGCCUGCAGACCCAGCUGACGAGGAUACGGACGGAGACGACCACCACCAGCUCCUCCUCCGACCGGAGUCACCAGCUGAAGAUCACCGAGCUGACCACCAUGCUGGAGCAGCGGCAGAGGACCAUCACACACCUGGAGCAGGAGAUCAAGAAGCUGAGGUUUGAGAUGAGCGAAUCUUCCAAGAACGUCACCAGGACUGUCAUCACCAAGAAGUACCGGAACCAUUACCCUAUCCUGGGCUUACUGGGUGAUGAUUACAACAAUACAUCUCCUAUCAAGGAGGGCAAAACCAUAGUGAUCGAGAGAACCGGGGACAUCAUCAAACAGGAAACCAUUAUAACCCCUUAAAGAAACACUACUUCUCUCCGACAGGAAUGAAUCAACAAGAAGAAGAUUCAGACAUCUCCCCUACCCUUACCCCUACCCCUACAACCCCCCCCCCCCCCCCCCACACACACACACACACACACACACACACACACACACACACACACACACACACACACACACACCCUUGUCCAUUGGGCUCAGAGGUUCACUGGUGGUUGCUCUGUGCUUCCCGUAAAUUCUAUUUGGUUGAUGUGAUUCUGCUAAUGGGAGCAAAUUGUUUAGCGUUGAGCCAAUACAUUCCUCCUUCCAUCUACUGCAAGGGAGAGGACCACGCCAAUCCCACGAGGCUGUCCUCCCCCCCCACACAAACACACACACACACACGCGCACACGCACACAAACGCAUACAAACACGCCGCAGCUCCAAGCCGUCAAUGGUAGAAGACGCACAGUGCUGCUAGCUAGCCUGUGAUGUCAUAUCCUGUAUGCAGGAUAUUCUUUUAUAAAUCCACCACAACCGUUGUAGCCUCAGGGACAAUGGAAUGGGUGGCUGCCACAAUGUCUUUGCUUGUAAAUAUGUUUGUAUAUCUCCAGCAUGCAUGUGCACAAAUGCUUCUUCACUGUGUUGACAAAUGGAAGAAAACUGUGUUGGGUUUGUUUUUGCUGUGCUUUUUAUCGGGUGGUUAUUUUGAUUUGGUGAGUCAGAUCUGACUGCGGUCAUGUUUACUUGGUUUGGCAUGGGUGCUGGGUACAAUAAGGAUUCUGAGCAUGUGGUUUGAAGGGUUUGGAUGCAGGUUAUAUUUGGGUGCAGGAGAUUUGUCCUCAGCGGUUGUGUCGAUUCAGAUGUUGAAGUUCCAUCACGAUUACUCCAGGAGCUUGUGUUGUGGACUUCACCGGUCACUUCACAUGAGUCUCCGGGAAAGGCUGACCAGGAAUUCGGAGAGAGUUUGGAUCUAAAAGAAUGUCACUGUUAAUACUCUUUGACAUUAAUACCUUGUGCCUGUUGGCGAUGGACCAUGCCUUCCAGGUCCUUUUUUUGGGGGCAAGGCAAAACUUUGUAAAUUGUAAAUCGACUAAACAAUAUUCUAACUGGGCUAAAUAAUUUAGAUAAAGCACACAUCCAUUUGAUCCGUGAUGUCAGCCUUGUGAAUUCAUAGGGUAACACAUUUGAUUUGGUUAGGGGGCAUUCUGGGUAUCGAAGGAAAGAAAGUAAAAAAAAAUAUGAUCAGAUCAGGGAGAAGGCUGAUGAUCACGAAUGACAUAAAAUGUUAGAAAAUGAACCCUAUCAAUGUUAAACAGUUUCUGCCUGUAUUAUUCCUCAGGAUCAGAAUGUAUGAAUUGAAACCUUUGCAAAUGAAUACAAAUGUUUAUAUGGGUCACAACAUGGUGGAUGUGAGUUAAAAGCACAAUAUAUUGUUUAUAUUGUUUGUUUCACUGUAGGGUUAUGUUAUUCUGUGGCUUUCUUGGAGCCAAUUCGUCAUAUAAUGACCCUGUUUAAGUGUGUGUCCACUGGUGACUUUAUAUCAACAACCAUUGCGUCCGGGAGUGCAUUUGAAAAAGUUUCAUUGAGAAUUUCCCAGAUUAUUGAAAAUAAAGAAAAAUAUCCCAGCCUAGGGUCUCUAUAUUACAAAUCAAAAGGUGUGUAUUAAGAGGGUUAGACAAAUACUUCCACGUUGUUCCUGUUGAACACCACCUCGAAAAUAUUGUGACUAAUUGACCCGGCUUGUUCAAGUCCCAAAAGGGCUUUGUGGUUUCCUUGUUUCCAUAUUGAAAAGCAAAUGUUUGCUCAGGUUUAUAAUGACCCUACUAUAUCCAGUUAGCUGCGGGAACAUCCAUGUUAAAAAGAGUCUCACUCAAAUAGUCCCAAAAGCACUUGUAUUCUAUUUUGCCCAACAAUGUCAACUGAAUGUGACACAAUGAGCCCACAGAGUGUUUCGUAUCGGGUUCAAAAACCUUUCUUAUUUUGUGAGGGGAUGAAAACUACUGAUUGUGUCACAUUUACAAAAAAAACUAAACAUUACAAAAGACGAAUGUGAAUUUAUCUAGUCUAAGUGGCACAUUGACAGGCAUUUAAGGGGUGGAAUCAAAACCUUAUUUUUGGAAAAUAUAACACUUACAAAUUUUAAGAUAACAUCCAUCAUUGGCUUGUUUUCAGAUUAAUCGCAAAUGUAAUAGUCAGAAUCUUUGUUUUUGACAUAUGGAAACAAUACAAAUAGUUUGUGUGUCCAGUUGUAGUUUAUGUUAUAGUCAGAUUUUAUUUGAUAUGUUUUCUUAAGAAAGCAUAGACUUUUUCUAUGAAUGGGCACCCUUGCUGUCUCCUUACUGGCUUGGCUAUGUCCAAUGAGAUGGCAGGGAUGAACGGUCAUAGCUGGAUUGUGAGUAAACGUGUAUUUUACUAUAGGUGCUUUUUGGUUCUCCAUGCAGUUUGUGUUCCUGCUUAAAAAUAUGCAUGAUUUGAAUAAAUCUCCUGUUUGCAAGUG